UAAGCUGAAUUGAAUAUGCAAUCUCCGAAUAACCAAUCAAGUUGACAUGUUCUUCUGCAUUAUGCAUUUCAUGUGACACUAUUAGGCAAUACGUUUCUUGCUCCGCCUUUUCCCUCUUCAAUGAACAUCAUGGCCUACCGCGCAGUACCAGAAGUACCACCGCGGUCUGCCAGGAGAGGCAGUACCCCUCGAAUCGCUGAUUCUAUGUCGAGACUGUUCCAUGAAGAUGAGAUAUCUAGAGAGAUGCAACUGGUGCCAAAGAGGAGAGACCGAUCUACUUCAUCUUCAACAGAUUCUCUUCCUCGCCGCCCCCUUCUCUCACCACCAUCACCUCCCCCCUCCUCAUUUAUACCAGAGCGGAGAUACAUUAGGCAUGAUGAAUUCGACGAAGACCUUCCGCUUAGCUAUCUUCAUCAUGCAGGCGUGAAUGGAUUCUGGAACCAAUGCGAUACUGACCUUACGGUUCACCUUAAGUUAUCUGUACAGGAAGACAUAGACGAAAUUUUAGAAGAGUUUUGUCGUAUAUGGAGGAUGGGCGACUUCGUCUCCGCCAAGCAAUUCUUUGCCGAAAACUUGCAGGAUCACUUGGACAAGCCAGAUGUCCUUGUAGAAUAUGCAGAAAUGCUACUCGAACAAGGUGACUAUAGUUCUCUGUCCAAAAUUAUGGUUGAUACAAGAUUCAACACCAUAAUCAGCAAUGCAAGAGAUGAUAGUGAUGGAGAAAUGCUCUAUCAAUAUUGGAAAACAAUGCACGGGUUUGUCACUACUCACACAAUUACUGCCGACUCAACUGGCCUUGAUUCGAGUUACAACAUGACUAUCGACGAAAUGGACCCCAAAAGAUUGAUAAGCACAGCUGAGAUUAAAAUGCAUGCUCUACUCUACCGAAUGCCGAAAAUUCUGGAUCUAUUGCCCAGUUUCACAAGGUACUCCGAAUCGUUAUAUAGAGAGUUAUACUCGAGCCUCCUUCGACAAGGGCGGAUCUGGGACCUAUAUGAUAUCUCCCAGAGUAGGAUGAUAGACAGUGCAAUCGAUGUGACAAAAGACUGGAGCGAUGACCCAGAUAUCCGAAAACGCAUCGAGUGCCUCAUUAAGGAUUGGACAAGCACGGUACACGGAUAUAACACGUCGACAACCCUCGCGCUUCUUGGUAUUCUUGCGACAUACGCACAGAGGCUAAUUAUAGGGAUUGGAAUGGGUGCCAUUUUACUUAAAGGCAAAUCCGACGGGCUCCUCGAGUACGUAGUUAACCAAUCUACGCCCCUUGCGAUUUCAGUCAUGGAAAACAACCUUAAAAGCAUGAGAAGUCGGUCUUUCAUGAUGUGGAUGCUGGCGAAGUCCCAUAAUGCAUUCCCUAAUCAACUUCAAGCUCGCCUGAAGCACCUUGAAUCGGAGCCAGGAGUGACAAGUAUCCGUUAUUCUCAUCCGCUACCUAACUAUAUUCCAGCGGAAGGCGAGAACCCAGGCUGGGGUGUGGAUAAAGUAAUACCUGAUCUUGAAGCUCCAAUUAAAAUGGUGGUGAAAGCAUCGCGGGCUCUCGGUGAUUAUCGAACACAAGCAAUGUCCAUUGCUAUGGCUUAUCCAAUCAUCCGCAAAGCCAGCGCAAGAGUUGGAAGCACUCGGUAGUCUGCAGAAGGAAAUACAAGGGGAUAUCUUCAGCUACGCGAAUACGCUACUUACGAGAUAUUUGGUAUGUAAAACCGAAGCCUCAAAA